GCUGGAGACUUGGGAAGGGGGUGGGGGGUCCUCGUCCCGGCCGGGUCUACUUGGGGCUUGGUGGUUUGGUAUCCGGGUGUUGAAACGGGGAAUUCCUGCGUUGAGGUGAGUAGGGGGAGAGAGCGAGGUAGCGAGGUAGCGAGAAUGGAUGGAUGGAUGGGUGGAUGGUUUCGGGAUGGAAUCGGGAUGGCGUGGGGUGGAGUGCUAGCCAUGGAUGCUUGGUUAGUAAGCUGAUGGGUGUUGGGUUGCACGUGAGAUGGGUAUGGGAUGAUGAUGAUGAUGAUGAUGAUGAUGAUAAAAUCUCGUGAUCAGUCAACACGUGAGGAGCGACCAGAACUCGAAAAUAAUUCUCUCUCCAAUCAAUCAAAGAUAUAUACCAAGAAUCAAUAGAAAAAUCCCCUCCAUCAAUCAUCGCUCCCAAACCCCCAAUCUCGCGCGUCCAAAAUUCCAUAACACGUGACUCCCAUUCAAAGCUAAAGAAAAUAAGUUAGCGAAAGGCAUCCCGACAUCAAACCAGCAAGCUCCCGCCCGCAAUCAACCCCCCCCCGCCUCUCAGUGAACGUCACGUCUCUUCAAUUGAAACACUCGACCCGUCCAUCAUGAACUCUAUGCGUUUUGCUCGCGCCGCUCUGCGGGUUCGCCCUACGGCUUUGAAAACUCCUGUUUUGCGCAGAGGGUAUGCUGAGGCUGUUGCGGAGAAGAUUAAGUUGAGCUUGGCUUUGCCUCAUCAGUCUGUUUACAGAUCCCAAGAUGUCGUCCAAGUUAACAUCCCCGCCGAAUCCGGUGAAAUGGGUAUCCUCGCCAACCACGUCCCAUCGAUCGAACAAUUGAAGCCAGGUCUCGUUGAGGUUAUCGAGGAGAGUGGUGGAAGCAAGCAAUUCUUCCUUUCCGGAGGAUUCGCAGUCGUUCAACCAAACUCUUCAUUAAGCAUCAACGCAGUCGAGGGGUUCCCAUUGGAGGAUUUCAGCGCAGAUGCAGUUAGGUCACAAAUCGCUGAGGCUCAGAAGAUUGCUGGAGGAAGUGGAAGUGAGCAAGAUAUCGCUGAGGCCAAGAUUGAGUUGGAGGUUUUGGAGACCUUGCAAGCACACCUUAAGUAGAGAGAUUACUCUGCCUUGGUGAUGGUUAGAUGAUAGAGACCUGCACAAUGUACAUCAGUGAACUAUUUUUUAUUGCGUUGUGUGAAAACGAAUACCAUAGCUUGUUCAAUUGAUAAGCCUGGUCAAUUUUAUAAUCUUAUCAACUAAGUUUUGAGAUUUAUCUUUGCUACUUCUUGAUGGGUUCCAUGAUAUGGGAAAAUGGAUAUGUAAAUUUUGAUGAAUAGCUAUACACGCCGACAAUAGCUAAAAUCGGUGAUUGUUCUUGCCCUUUCGGCUGUUGUGUUCCUCCCAACGAGACUUGUUAGUUUCAAUUCAAGGACUCGAUCUUGAUCUCCAUCUUCA